AUGCCGAACGGCACCUACACCCACUACUACAAGUCCAGGUCGUCGCCCCGGUCCAUCCAUGUGCCGCCGUCCAACCAGCAGCAGUGGGGCCCGCGCCCGCGCUCCUGGCGCCGCUCGCGCUGCCUGACCCUCGUCGCCGCCGCCCUGCUGCUGCUGCUCUGGUACAACCACCACCCGUCCGCCCAGCCCGCGCGCCCCGCAACCCACCUGCCCAACGGCCUCGCCGACGCCCACGUCGACUGGUCGCGCUUCGCCUACUCGCAGUAUGCCACCAAUGGCGCCUACCUGUGCAACUCGGUCAUGCUGUUCGACCAGCUGCACCGCCUGGGCAGCCGCGCCGACCGCGUGCUCUUCUACCCCGAGGAGUGGGACCUCACCGUCGAGAGCUCCACCGACCGCGACAGCCAGCUGCUCCUCAUGGCCCGCGACAAGCUCGGCGUCACCCUGCGGCCCACGAACAUGCAGAGCGUGCGCACCGAGAAGCACGACGACGACGACGCCGAGGAGGAGACGUGGGACUUCAGCAUCAACAAGUUCCUCGCCUGGAACCUGACCCAGUACGACCGCGUCCUGCACAUCGACUCGGACGUCACCCUCCGCCGCCCGCUCGACGACCUCUUCUUCCUCCCCGCCGCCCCCGUCGCCAUGCCGCGCGCCUACUGGGAGCUCCCCCACACCCGCAAGCUCACCUCGCUGCUCGUCCUGCUGCGCCCCUCCGCCGCCGAGUACGACGCCCUCAUGCACGCCGCCUUCACCUCCGAGGGCAUGCUCGGCGGCGGCGCCCGCCCCCACCGCUUCGACAUGGAGCUCCUCAACGAGCGCUACGCCGACUCGGCCCUCGUCCUGCCCCACCGCGGCCUCGCCCUGCUCUCGGGCGAGUUCCGCGCCGUCGACCACACCAUGUACCUCGGCAGCGAGGACGAGUACUGGGACACGGACCGCGCCCUGGACGACGCCCGCCUCGUGCACUUCUCCGACUGGCCCCUGCCCAAGCCGUGGAUCAUGUGGCCCGCCAAGCUGCUCGCCGACAUGCUGCCCAAGUGCCGCAUCCGCCCCGGCACCCCCGCCGAGAGCGGCUGCCAGGACCGGGAGGCGUGGAGGGCGCUGUAUGACGAUUUCAGGGCGAGGAGAAAGGAUGUUUGCAAGCUCCUCAGCGUCCCCGCCCCGCAGUGGCCUCCGAUCCCGAAGAUGACCAAGCCAAAGGGCAAACCGGACGACGGCUCCGAGACCAAGGCUGCCCCGGACCCGAGAGAUACGCCGUAG